UUCAGUCACUCGGGGGACUGGCGCGCCCCACGGAACCAAGGAUGGGCUUUUUAUAGGAUUUUGGGGAGCAGAAGCAAGCAUACAGAAGCAGAUGCAUGGUUACAGGGAUAUAAUUGGUGGAUUCUAAUGUGGCAAGGGUUCAGCCCGGGGGCAAGUUUCCUAGCUACCUUCCUGAAACAUAACGACUGACUCGGCCCCCCAAGGGUUCAGCCUGGGGGCAAGUUUCCUAGCUACCUUUCUGGAACAUAAGGCUGACUCGGCCCCCCAAGGGUUCAGCCCCGGGGCAAGUUUCCUAGCUACCUUCUUGGAACAUAAUGGCUGACUCAGCCCCCCACCAGGGUGUGGGACCUCUCCCGGGGCUUUUCUCAUUGUCAGGUGCUCAACCGCAGUCGUCCUGUUGCCAGGCCUUCAACCAAACACAUCCUGCUUGGCAGCCGCUUUGUACUCAGUGUUUUAACCUUUCUCUGAACCAGUCAUCUUAAGUACAGCCUUGCAAAAUGGCGUUACUGCUGCUAAGCUGGGGUCUUUCAAACCCAAGACAGAAAGCAGAAAUGGGAUGGCAUGCCCUCCCGAUGUUGUACUUAAGGCAGGUACAGGGAAGCCCAGAUUUUCACUUGGAUGCAAAGAAUUCGAACUCACCUCUUCAAAAUUAGGAAUUAAACACUUUACCCAUUGAACCACACUCACAGUUGCGCUGCACGGUUUGACAUCAACUUGACACAGACUAGAGUCAUUUGCAGACCAAUGUAACCUCUGUGGCCUUUUCUUGAUUGAUGAUUGAUGUGAGGACCCAACUCACUGUGGAGGGAAUCAUCCCUAGGCAGGAAGUCCUGGAAUCUGGAAGUCCUGGAAGAAGUAGGCUGAGCAAGUCAUUAGGAGCAAAGAGAUAAGCAGUAUUCUAUUCCUUCAUGGUCUCUGAAUUGGCUCCUGUAUCCAGGUUCCUGCUUUGAAUUUCUGACCUGACUUCCCUCAGUAAUGAACUGUGGUAUUGAACUGUAAAACAAGCCUUGUCCCCACCAAGUUGCUUUUGGUUCUUGUGUUUUAUCACAGCAAUAGAAACCUUGACUAGGAUAUCUUACCUACUGAAACUUACCUAGUUUUGCUUUGCUUUGUUUUUUAACGAAUUAUUUGUUACAGUUCAGUAAAUAAUUUAACAACUGUCCCCAUACUGAGUAAGCCCUGAUGUAAGGAUCUGUUUCUAGUUUGAUUGUAACUUAUUACAUCACACUGUGUUGAUACCUCUGGGGUGGAGGAUGGGGCAGCACUGCUUUUUUUGAAGGGAAAUGAAGAGGAAUGGAUCAUCUAUCAGAGAAGGGAGGUUGAGGAGAUGGACUGUGAAGAGUGGAGGGAGGGAACACUGUUGUUGGGAUGUAAUGCAUGAGAGAAAAUUAAAAAAAAAACUAGUUCAGUGUCAGAAUUGAAAAAAUCACAUUUCAGUAAAUAAUUUAGCUGCUUUCUCUUUUUUUGAAAAGUUAGCAGUGGAAUUUUAAAGUAGAGACAUCAUUAAGGAGUCAGAAGAUCAACAUGGGAGACCUUGAAAAGGGGGCUGCAACCCAUGGGGCCGGAUGCUUUGCCAAGAUCAAGGUGUUUCUGAUGGCAUUAACAUGUGCAUAUGUAUCCAAAUCGCUAUCAGGAACUUUCAUGAGUUCCAUGCUCACACAAAUAGAGAGACAAUUCGGUAUCCCCACAGCUAUAGUUGGAUUCAUCAAUGGGAGCUUUGAGAUAGGAAAUCUUUUGUUGAUUAUAUUUGUGAGUUAUUUUGGAAUGAAACUGCACAGACCUAUCGUGAUUGGUGUUGGAUGUGCAGUUAUGGGCCUGGGUUGCUUCAUAAUAUCACUACCUCAUUUCCUCAUGGGCCGAUAUGAAUAUGAAACAACGAUUUUACCUACAAGCAACUUGUCCUCAAACAGCUUCUUGUGUAUGGAGAACCAAACCCAGACCUUAAAUCCAGCGCAAGACCCAGCAGAGUGUGUGAAAGAAGUGAAAUCACUAAUGUGGAUAUAUGUACUGGUAGGAAAUAUUAUACGUGGAAUUGGUGAAACUCCCAUCAUGCCCUUGGGUGUUUCCUACAUAGAAAACUUUGCCAAAUCUGAAAACUCUCCUUUAUACAUUGGAAUUCUAGAAACAGGAAAGAUGAUUGGCCCAAUAUUUGGGCUUUUGUUGGGAUCCUUCUGUGCAAGCAUUUAUGUAGACACAGGGUCUGUGAAUACAGAUGACCUGACCAUAACUCCCACAGAUAUACGCUGGGUUGGUGCUUGGUGGAUCGGCUUUUUGGUCUGUGCAGGAGUGAAUAUCCUGAUUAGCAUUCCCUUUUUCUUUUUUCCCAAAACACUCCCAAAGGAAGGAUUACAGGAAAAUGUGGAUGGAACUGAAAAUGCCAAAGAGGAGAAGCACAGAGAAAAGGCCAAGGAAGAAAAACGAGGAAUCACUAAAGAUUUCUUUCCGUUCCUGAAGAGCCUGUCCUGCAACCCGAUUUACAUGCUGUUCACCCUUAUAAGUGUGCUCCAGGUCAAUGCAUUUAACAUUUACUUUAGCUUCCUGCCUAAGUACCUUGAAAACCAAUAUGGAAAAUCCACUGCAGAGGUCAUCUUCCUCAUGGGUGUUUAUAACUUACCUGCAAUAUGCAUUGGAUAUUUAAUUGCUGGCUUCAUGAUGAAGAAAUUCAAGAUCACUGUCAAGACAGCUGCAUUCCUCGCAUUCUGCCUAUCCUUGUCUGAAUAUAGUUUUGGUUUCUGUAACUUCCUAAUUACCUGUGAUAAUGUCCCAGUUGCUGGUUUGACUAACUCUUAUGAAAGAGAUCAGAAACCUCUAUACUUGGAAAAUAAUGUUCUUGCUGACUGCAACACAAGGUGCAGCUGCUUGACGAAAACAUGGGAUCCAGUGUGUGGAGACAAUGGCCUAGCAUACAUGUCAGCCUGCCUCGCAGGCUGCGAGAAGUCUGUUGGAACUGGAACCAACAUGGUGUUUCACAAUUGCAGCUGCAUUCAGUCACCAGGAAACUCGUCCGCAGUCCUGGGGCUGUGUAAUAAAGGCCCCGAGUGCACCAACAAGCUGCAGUACCUUUUAAUACUAUCAGGAUUUCUCAGUAUCCUCUACUCAUUCGCAGCCAUACCUGGAUACAUGGUUUUUCUGAGGUGUAUCAAGUCUGAAGAGAAGUCACUUGGGAUUGGAAUACAUGCAUUUUGCAUAAGAGUAUUUGCUGGCAUUCCAGCACCUAUUUACUUUGGAGCUUUGAUAGACAGAACCUGUUUACACUGGGGAACUCAGAAAUGUGGUGCGCCAGGGGCGUGCAGGAUGUAUGAUAUAAAUAGCUUCAGGCGCAUUUACCUUGGGAUGUCUGCAGCUCUAAGAGGAUCAAGCUAUCUCCCUGCAUUUGUUAUUGUAAUACUUACAAGGAAGUUCUCUCUUCCUGGGAAAAUCAACUCUUCAGAAAUGGAAAUUGCAGAGAUGAAGCUCACAGAGAAGGAAAGCCAGUGCACAGAUGUGCACAGAAAUCCUAAGUUCAAGAAUGAUGGAGAACUGAAAACGAAGCUGUAAUGACUUUUCUACUGCCUUGUGUAAGGCCAUGAACAGAAUGCUAGAAUUCAAAACACUUCACUUUUGAAUCAUGAGAUAAACAACAGGAAUGCUUAACUUUAAGAACCUCAACAAUUAGUUUUACACUCAUGAUAAAAGUAGCAUUUUCAUGAGGCUGGUGUAGGACUUAAGUUUUUCCCAGGAUAGAUUUCUAUAGAGACCCCCACAUUGAACAUUAAAGCUUCCUUCAUUUGCAAACAGCAUUUUCUAUUGUAUCAAGGAAAGUAUGUAUUUCUAAGAUAUCUUCAAGUAGCUUUAAAGCCUAGUCCUUAAACACUAUUUCAUUCUGUUGAACUUAUGUUUCGAUGUGGGGGGUAUUUAGAGAGACAAAUAUGCAUUGUGGCUGUGCCACAUCAGAAAAAAAAACCUAUUCUUUCUAUGCACAAGCUGUCUGCAUACGUUUAUAUCUAGAAGUUAUUAACCCUUAUUUUUUAUUUUAGUCAUGAUGCUUCCGAGAUUAGACUUCUCUCUCAUGUGCCAUCUCCUGGUUUUAGUUCCAUUUUUCUUUACUUAUGUCACACAUUUGAUCAUUUAUCUUACAGUACUGACAAACCUGAUCACAUUAUUAAAAAAUUCACAUUGCAAA